UCACAAGUCAAAGCUGAUAGUCAAGUCGACCUGAUUCUGAUUCGAGUCCAAGUCACCCGACUCGAUUCAACCACUCUAAAAACAACGUCUACAAUCGUACCUAGCGAUGAAGAAUACAAUAACGCAUGCGCGGAUGUAUCAUAAAUAAUUAUGUUUGCUUGACAUACAUGUUCAUGUGACAAGAUGCCCCUGAUCCAUGGCCCGAAGGGGCCGUCCCAGCACACAGGAAAGCAGUAAAAAUUAGGGCAAAGUACAUGUACAUGUAACAUUGCGACAAGUUUCCAAGAAAGUGUUGCCUCUGAAACUGGCGCAAUGGCUUGUGACUCAGGCGGAACUCAACCACCCGGAAGUGAGAAGUGUCAUUCCAGCGUGCACGGGCUUUAGAUAGGCCUAGAUAAAAGAUGACUUUGACAGAAUAGAAGCAGUAGGACCUUUACAAGCAGAAUGUGCUGAAUUUAAAUGAAUGAAAUGAAUUGAUUCUCGUGAUAUUUUAUGACACACAGGCAGGGCUCAGAGUUAGGUGUGCACAACAUCGUGUAGUAUGUGCAAGAGCACACAUUUUACCGGCCAGAGAGCCUCAUCAGAACGUACCACGGGCUCUCGCCGCAAAGCAGCGGCGGAGAUCACAGACUACCGAGGGCGGAGCGCGCCAAAUAUUAUCAGCAUGACGGAGCUCACGACAGCUGUCAAGAAGGGAGAUCUAAGCUCCGUGCGCAGGGUGUUCUCCCUGUUGACCUCGGAGGAGGCGGAGAACGCAGUCAGGUACCAGACACCGGAGACCAGGGAGACGCUGCUCUUCUGUGCUUGCGUCACGGGGCAACUCGAGACGGCGCGGUUCCUGCUGGCGAUGGGACGGGACCAGAGAGACGUGUGCACGGCCUGGGGGGCCGUGCCCCUGCACGCUGCCGCCGAGCGGUGUCACGAAGAUAUUGUCAGGCUGCUCUUGAAAAAUGGCGCAGACAUGAACGCCCAGACAAGCUACGGGGACACGCCCCUCCACCUGGCGGCGUUUCGGGGCCACUAUACGACAGUGCGGUGUCUAGUGGAGGCCGGAUGCGACCUGCACAUCGUGAAUUCCAAGGGGAAGACGGCACUGGACGACGCGUCAGCAGCCAGGCACCAACGCAUCGUGCAGUACCUCGGAGCCGUAAUGUAUCCAGAUACUGAUGACUGCGCCAGGAAUCAUCAGGAGAGGAAAAUGGCCAAUGACAAGAUAGAUUUGAUGAAGACGCGGCCGCUGGCCCCACCAAUCAGAACCAUACAAAAGUUGGACCGUUGCAUUUCAUGGCACAGUUGUCCCAGCAACAUCCUCCGAGGGAGUUGCUCGCCGGACGAAGGAGCCAGAAAUUCUUGGCAGAACGGUAGAAGGCACUCCGCCGCGUCGACAGUGGCGUCGUUAGAGUCGAGCGUGAACGAUCUCAGCAUGACGACGGCUUUUUCUCCGCGGCGGGACAACCACAGGGGCAUGAAUGUCAUCCCAGAGGUCACCAACGACACCGGCAACCAGCGGCAUCAGUGUAACCAUCGGGAGCCGCGUCAGGAGCAUGCUGCUACCCCCGUGACGUCAAGCCCCGUGGCUGCGAGAACAUGUGCUGAGAAACGGCGAGAUUACAGGGACCGAAGCGCCAGCGACUCUCGGGUGGAGUACCUGGAGAAGAUGGUGGAGCAUCUUCGGCAAGGGCUCACGGCGACCCAGGAGGAACUGGGGAGGACAAGGGUCGAGCUGAGGCGAGCCAACGACCAACUGCAAUUACCUCCAUGCAGAAUGAACACAGGGGACGGGCCUGGGUGCGCCUGUGGGCCAAAAGGCACAGUCAGACUGGUUCUGAAUGUACGGGAUCAGGAUUUGGGCCAUCUGUAUUGAAAAACCAUUCAAGCACUCGUUUGUUACCAGUGGCGUAACUAGGGAUAAAUGUCCGCGGGCACACAGGGGUACACACAUUUUUUCAAGAAGCACCACAAGAAAAUAAGCUGCAUCUGCAUAACUUUAUAAAAUCAAUGGAGAUUUCAAAUGGGGGGGGGGGGACAUCCACGGGGGGGGCACGUCCUAGUCACGCCACUGUUUGUUUGCACUAAAUGUUUUAAAUGAUCUUGUUUGGGUCCUUUGUACGGUUGGAUGGAAAGAGGGGUUAAAACUUGAAGUUUUAGCAAGUUGCAAGUUGGCAAGUUGGAUUCAUUUGCUUAAUAGCUGAGCAGUUUGCACGAGCAACGACGCUAUAGAGUAUUUUGCUUGGUAAGUGUGGCCUCCCUUGUGUCUCGAUGUGGUGCUUCGGGUAGACUCGACUUAUGGUUUGGUAUAAGCCUGAUGGUUGUCAGAUUAAACAGUAAAUAUAGCAUGCAAUGUGCAAGGGAGCACAACUUCAUUCUCCGCUUGUUUUGUCUAAAUUUGGAGUCCAUUUUAAUCAGAAUAUUAGUCGAGAGAACUAGAGAAUUUGUACUUUCCGUAUGAAUUUGUAAAUUUUGUAAAUGAUUAUUGGGUCGAAGAGCGAUUACACUUACGCAGAAUACACCAAAGCUCUCACAAAAUUCGGAUUCGAGAGAGCCAGGCAUUUCGAAGCACUGCUGCACAUUAUUACUCCUCGAACUGCAGCUUGAAGUUGUAUAAUGAAAAUUGCAAGCCAUUCCACAAAUCCCGGCACUUAGUUUUUGCAACAUCAUUAGGCCAAAAUGCUUCAUAUCCGUUUCAGCGCCUUUACCUCACUUCGUGGGCAUUAUAUUUUCCUUCAGUCGUUCAAAAAAUGAGAUUCCUUCGCUUUGUAUUCAGUUUUCAGUAACCGGAGGCCUUGGAUAGGGCAACCAGUCGUUAUUUUUUCCCCUCUUUCAGAGGAGAACUUACGUGCGUGAAGAGGUACUUUUGACACAGCACUCGGCCUUGAUUGUGAUUUGCAAUUGUAGACAAGAGACCGAUUGCACCUACUAAGCCACGUGACCUAAAGUGGGUAUCAAACAUCCACAAACCUGGCGUCCUCCCAUCGCAAAGUGUCUCAUAUUAAGUGCCAUUUAGCAAAAAUAAAGCCGAGGGUCAGUAUAAAAGCACCCAGACUUCUGAUGUAUUGAGUAUUUGACAGAAAAAUCGGCUUUGUUUUUUUAUAACACGAUUUGCUAUGGGAGGACGCCAUUAGUGCUUGAUACCUAAUGUAGAUCACGUGAGUUAGCGGGUGCACUCGGUCUAUUAUCUUGCUUUGUUUUUUGUCACAGUUUUAAAUCAAGACAAAGUUGCAAGAUUACUUAUUUUCUAAGCCACUCUUGGCCAGUAAAAUGCUUUUAUCUAAAUUAUUAUUAUUUUUUCGCAAUGGGCAGUUGGUGGAAGCAGGAUACUUUCCUUGUAACGUUGACUAGGCCUAUAUGUAUAUUUUGGCAAAUGUUAAUUACAUAGCACACUUUUUAUUUUGUCAUACUUUUAUGUAAUAACAUUCGAUUGUUAUCACUAUUCUUUUUGUGGGAGAUGUCUUGGGAAAAAACAGUUUCCCCAAGUAUUUUAUCAUCGACAAUACCGGCGCUGGACCGGUUUGAGUCAACGAUAAUUUAGAGGUUUAUUUGCACUGACAGAGUUGACAAAUGGUUUAGGAACGCGAUUGGUGAAUAUUAAUGCUUGCAACAAACUUUGCUUUUGGUACAAGAAAGCGAACAAAACUCAUUCUCUGUGAGAAAUCAAGUUGAGAAAACUUCUCAUUUUACAGAAUCUUCGCAUACAAAAUCAAACGUGUAUGCCACAAAAUAAAUCUUAUUAUUACACAAAUUUAUUUUCUUGAAGUUGUACUUAUGUUCAGGGGAACCUAUUUAAAUCUGGUGAAAAGUUUUAUGUUUGUUUAUGUGGGCUUAUAGAUUAUGACGUUUUGGGUUCUGUCCCGUGCGUAUUUCCCUCUCGUAUGAUAAUUUACGUCACUGUACACAGUAUUUACUCAGUAUACAUGUACAUACGAUGCUAAUGGCAACCUGCCACUACUUGCACUUUAAUUCCGGCUUUGUUCAAUGACGUCAGGCAACGGGACACCUCCCCGAUUCACUCAGUGGAGGCAAACACAUUUUUUGGCACGUAGGCAGUUUCGUGGUGCUUGCGGUCGUUCACAUAGCCUACAUUCUCAGCAUGCGCCGCCUCUGAAUUGCUAGCCGACAUUGAUCACCGAAAUUUGUACUAUCUUCUUUGAAAUUUCGAAGCAUGAAAUACGUCAAAAGUAAGAAUGUCAGACAAGACUAAGACUCAAGUAAACAGGUGAAUAUAGGCCACGAUUUCUGUUUAAAACGUGGAUUUUAUUCAGUUAUUCAUUAAAAUAACUAUUUUAAAAUCUUGGCUUUUGGUUCAAUUUGUAAAAUUGUGAAAUGGUGUCGUUAAUUAAUUUGUGGAUGAAAUCGAAUACAAAUAGACUUUGAAAUAUACAUCAACCCAGAAUAACAUCUCUGUUGCAAGCAGUUAUUUUACAAUUAGCAAUAAAUACCAGGAAUACUGAGUUUCAACUGA